GCGGCGGCGCUCAGAUGUACCCAGCUCUCAACAUGAGGCGGACGACACUUCUGCUCCUCGUCGCGGCCGCGCACGCGCUCCCCGCUCAAGACUCCAGCCACUCAGACAACGAUAUCGACGGCCUCACCGACUGCCUCAGAAAAGAAUCCACAACAUGCCUCAAAUACAAAUUCUUCUCAUUCGUCGACAAAAUGAUCGGACAGAAAGAAUCCUUCUCCCUAACCGAUGGAGUGACAGUCGUCAAAUCCGGUGACGUGCCUACUGACACCGGAGCGCCGAGGGCUCUAGAUCCUGUUUCGCGGUUGAAGAAUUACUUUGAAACGCAUUCCUUACGAGUUGAAGUGAAAGGUUCGGAUGUGAUUGACGCGGUGUCAAGUGCAGGGCGCGCGUUGGAAGAUACAGUGUCAUCGUUUACUGAAGACAAUGAAAUUAGUGAAGGACGUGGCAAGAAGAAGAAGGCGGCGAAGAUUUUGGGGCCUUUGAUUGCGGCUGUGGCUUUGAAGAUGAUGGCGUUGAUGCCUUUGGCUAUUGGUGCGAUUGCGUUGAUUGCUGGGAAGGCGUUGUUGAUUGGCAAGCUCGCGUUGGUGUUGUCAGCGAUUAUAGGUCUGAAGAAGUUGUUGUCGCAGCAGAAACAUGUGACGUAUGAGGUGAUCGCGCAUCCUCAUCACACGUCGAGCCACGACUACAGCGGCGGCACGAGCGGGUAUGGAGGCGACUCGGGCGGGUCGUCAUACAGUAGUAGCGGUAGCGGAGGCGGCGGCGGCCACGGCGGCGGCGGUUGGGGGCGCUCGCUCGAGGCUCAGAGCAUCGCGUAUUCCGCGCAGAAACCUUAGCGACCCGGUUCCGUGGCCCCAUUUCCACUGAUUUCUCCGAUCUUCAACGUAUUUAAGUAUUAUUUAUCUUGUAUGGAUGUGUGAGUGCUUGUUAUUUAUUGUGUGAUUUAUUUAUUAAUUUAUUAACGUCAUGCCAUCACUCGCCAAUUGUUAGGUGACGUUUCGCCGUUUCGUUUCUUAGUCACUUCCAGUCAAGUCUGUUUUUUAUCUUUUUUUCUAUGUAUUUAUUUGUAUAUACUUUGUUUUAUGUUAGUAUUUAGUUGUUAAUGUAUAUUUUUAUUUAAAACUCAGUACCUGGCUUUAAUAUUUUUAAGUAAUAAUUAAUAUGUAAGACUGUAUAUGUAUUUAAUUAUUUUAUGUAUGUUUCCCCACGAGUAUGUUAGGUAUCAAGUGUUAAAUAUGAUUUUUAUGUAAUAUUGUGUAUUAUUGUUAUAUAGCUGACUCUUCCUAAAUACUCAUUAAAAUAAAUAAUGAUCGAUGUAAUAAUGUAAUUAACGAUACAAAGAUGUUUAAAUGUUAUAUUAUUACAAAUAAAAAUAUGCAAUUUUGUUUUGUGUUUUUAUUGAAAUAAUAAAUAAAGCGUAGACAGAAUAACAUAA